AUGAAUGAAAGGAUACAAUUCAAGGUGCCGGGGAAGGUGAUCGUGAAUGGAUCAUACAUAGUACUGAAUGGAGAAACAUGCAGGGCCAUAGCUCUUAAGACAUAUAUCCUAUCAGAAACAACCAGAAUCGUAUCGGAUAAGCCAGAGAUAACAAUAGAAAUUAACGGAAAAGAAAAGAGCACGUACUGCUAUGAGGAUUACGAAUCCAGCAUUAUAAAUGGCCCGGACUGUUAUUUACUGAAGAUUGUCGAUUGCUUCUUCAGGAUCACCGGGAUUUCGCCUAAGAACAUCAUAAACAUCAAAAUGAAAGCUGAAGAUGGCUUUUUUAUUAAUGGUCCCACAAGAGAGAAAACCGGAAUUGGAUCUUCAGCUUGCAUCCUUGUAUCUAUAGUGUAUGCUCUGCUAAAAUUCCAUCAGGAAGACCUUGAGAAGAUUAUCCUGCAAGAUAGCUUCAAUGGCUGGGGGAAAUCUCCCAGAUUUCAGGGCGACUUGAGGUCGUGGCUGGGCCAUCUUUCUUUGUCUGAAGAAAUUGUGGAGCACGUUUUGCCUGUAACAUACUUGGUACACCAGAAGGUUAAUCAAGAGGGUUCUGGAAGUGAUGCAAUAUGCUGUCUUCUAGGAUCCAUAUACUUCAAUAGGAAAACGUGUGUUCCGAUGGAGAAGAUCCCUCGGUAUUUGGUUCUUGGAUCUUUCGGGAAAAGCACCUCAACAAAAGAAAUGCUUAAGAGAAUUGAUCUUGAAGAUCCUAGAUGGGAGUCUCUUAAGGCUAUUAAUUUCGAGAUUAACAGGGGAAGAGUUUGCCAAAAAUAUCUUUACAUGGAAUAUCUGAAUGCUAUGAGAGAUAUAAGCAUAGAUAUCGUUCCCAAAAAACAAUACGAAAUAUUGAUGAAAACCAGCGAAUAUGACAUUUGGGGAUGUGGAAUCUCAGGGGCCGGAGGAGAUGAUUGCAUAUGGGCCAUAUCUGAUGAUUACAAGGAUGUAUAUAGAUAUUGGGAGAAAGUAUUUACUUUUACAUUUGUAACCGAGGUGUCUUACAGAGGAAUUUGUUUAAUGUAA